AUGCAGAUGAAGCUCGACAAGUUCACCAACGUCAAGAAGGCCAUGGAUGACAUGGUCUUUGCGCUGAAGAAGGAGCAGGAGGACGAGGUGAAGCAGAAGGACUUCUGCAUCGCGGAGCUCCGUGAGACGCAGCUGCAGAGCGAGGACAAGACCCGCAGCAAGGAGGCCCUGCUUGCCAAGGAGCAGGCCAUCGACCUGGAGAAGCCCAAGAGCGAGAUGGAGACGCUGCAGGGCGAGAUCGCGGAGAUGCAGAAGCAGCUGCAACUGGCGGGCCAGAACCGUGAGAAGGAGAACACGGAGUUCCAGAAGGUGGUUGAGGAGCAGAGGCAGACCGCAACCCUCCUGAAGCAGGCUCUGCAGGUGUUGGGAAAGUUCUACAACAAGGGUGCCUUCGUGCAGGGCAGCGCAGUCCAGCCGAAGGCGCCUGGGGGGUUCAAGGACUACCAGGCCAACGGCAAGAGCUUCGGCGUGAUGUCCAUGCUGCAGCAGCUGGUGGACGACACCACGGCAAUGGAGGCCGAGGCCGUGCGGGCCGAGAAGAGUGCGCAGACCGCCUAUGAGGCAUUUGCCAAGGACACCACUGAGUCCAUCACGGCCAAGGAGAUGCGGCCAUCGCCACCAAGAAAUCCACUAAGGCCAAGCUCGAGAAGACGCUGGCGCAGACCAAGCGCGCGCGGGAGGGCGAGGAGGCGGAGCUGGGGACCUUGCAGAAGAAGGCGGCGGAGCUCCAUGAAACCUGCGACUGGCUGCUCCAGAACUUCGAGGCCCGGCAGAGCGCCCGCGACGAGGAGAUGGACUCUGUAA